AGGGACUGCGCGAAGCGGACAUAGAUCGUUCGUCGACUCGACGACAAAGCUUGAAGUGUCCAGCUUCGCCUUCGUCGUUCAGCAUGUUACUCAACACUUUACGAAGAUGCGCUCGAGCGCUGUCGACGGCCACCCAACCAUAUCCAUUCUCUAGCGUCGCCAAAAUCCCACCUAGUCCUGCCGUCCCGCCUCCAGCACCGCUACUGCAAGGCAAGGGCCUCAUGCUCCAUCUCGCGCAGACUAUCCCCAGCCCAGAGAAGCGAGAAAUGAUGUUCAAGUACUUUUCUCGAAAGUCCCCUGAACGCCUCCUACCUGGAUCAGUCUUGACCGUCGCGCUGAGCCAGGCACCAGCAACGUUCACUGGCGUCCUCAUAUCUGUGCGCCGGCGGUCCUUGAACAUAACGUUUGUCCUCCGCAAUGUAAUCAAUCGCACGGGCGUGGAGAUGGGGUUCGAUGUGGCCUCUCCUCACCUCAAGAGCAUCAAGGUCCUCAAGCGGGCUGACGGUGGAGCCGGGAAGGCUGGGAGACGGACGCGCCGUGCGAAACUGCACUACCUCAGGGAUUCACCUGAGAAGAUGUCCGCUAUCUCGGCGGGUAUGCGACGGUAGGCGAUGGCGUGGGCAUGCGUCGCGUUGGAGGCGUCGCGUGAGAGAAGCCGACAGGUCGGGAGAACUGCGGCACCCUCAGCAU